AUGUCCGCUCCUUCAAACAAAGACACAUUUCAUAACGAAGGUAACUCGAGUAUGAGCAACAACACUGAAUUUCCUACCACGACGAUUAGCACUUCAAAUCCUGUUGUCGAAGAUUGCGCUCUUGAUAUGAAAUGGAGUGAAGUUAUGCAAAUCAUUCAAUUUAUGAAAAAUGACGCAGUUAACAUAGUGGAUUUUGAACUCGUCUACGUCAAUAUUUACAAGAUGAGGGAUUCUAUGAUCACGCAGUUCUCAUUAGUGACUGUCAUUGGUCGAGAAAUUGUCCACGCGCUUCAUGAAAUGCUGUAUGAGGUGAAAUUGACUUUGAACGCUGGUCGAAGAAACCUUAAAUUACACAUCAACGAAAAUGGUAAAGGAUGCUUUAAUAAGUCAAUGGAUAUGGAUGAAUUCAUAGUCGGAGAAAUAUUCCAACAAAUAUUUCUGGUCACGAAGCAGCCGAUAAGUCACGAAAUCUGUUAUGUUGGGGAGAGAGAUUUGAAUAGACC